GUCAAGCCUGAGGCAGAGCCUACACAAAUUGGUUUAAAACAUAACAAGUCAUCAACAUGAAGGUGUUGGGUGCGUUGCUUUUCCUGCUUUUCAUUGAUUCAAUCUUCUGUUUUGAAGACUACCUUGAAUAUGAUCGAUAUUUUUCAAAUUGCACAACACGUAAUGAAGCGCUCAAAGAGAUAACUAAACUACAAAUACGGGAAGUCCAUUCUGAAGCUAAGUGCUUUUACCAUUGCGUUUUUGAGUCAAAAGGAGUAAUAGUCAAUGGCAAGAUCGUUCGUAACCCUUUCGACGAAACGCCAGAGAAGGCGGAAAAGACUAAACCAUGCUUGGCUAUCGAGAAUUCCAACAAGUGUGAGCUGGCGUACAAACUCACCGAAUGUUUCUCUAAGCAACUCGGUACCAUUUAACAACCAAAAACAGUGGUAAUUUUAAGGUCAAAUGUCUCGACAGUCAUUUAUUUUCAGUUCUGCAAUAUGGAUUCACUGCUGUCUUUAAAUAAAAAACUAAUGAAUCCAAAA